AUGCUCGUGGCCCUCUGGGAAAAGGAAAGACUGCAGGGAACAAGAGGCGAUCAAGGACUAACCACCCAGAUUGAUCACAUUUCCAAGGCCAUAGAUCGCAACAACGCCAAACUCGAUGAUUUCCUUACAGAGCUAGAUGCAACGGCAUCCAAGGACAACGGUCUAGGGCCGGCAAGGCGCCAUAGACUUUUUAGUAAACUAUGGGCCACAGACUGGCAACCGUCUGAUGUUCACCUGCAAGGGGGCUUCCAAGCCUCAGCGAGCGAUAGUCAGCUUGAAGAGAAUAUUCAGAGUCAAAUUAUCCGAAGCUUACACUUCCCUGGAAUCGAGGCAAGAGAAAAGUUAAUACCCAAGCCGUAUCAAGACACAUACCAGUGGAUCUAUCGUAAAGAUAUCAACAACAGCCAAAUCAGGCGUCAAAGCUUGCCGCAAUGGCUCGAAGAUUCCUCCAACAAAGUAUACUGGAUUACCGGCAAGCCAGGAUCCGGCAAGUCAACGUUGAUGAAUUUUAUCAUCCACAACCCCUUGACAGAGCGAUACUUGCAAACUUGGGCAAAGCCUCUUCCUCUGCUGCGGUCCAACUUUUACUUUUGGGAGGCUGGGCAAAACAACCUACAAAGGUCGCAAGAGGGCUUGAUGCAGACGCUCCUUUGGCAGUGUUUGCAGCAAAGGCCUGGAUUGAUAGCUCGGGUGACGCCUCGGAGAUGGAUGGUUCAUCAAGUCUUGCGUGGGCUGGAAACGCCUGCGCCGGCUUGGACCUGGGAGGAGCUCCAAGUAGCCUUUUCUAUCUUAGCAUCCGAGAACGGUAGGUCAUUCAGGCUGGUUCUGUUCUUGGAUGGACUAGAUGAAUUUGAGGGCGAGCCGACAGUACUGAUUCGGUUGGUGAAGGACCUUAUCACAAUCUAUGGUGUAAAGAUAUGUGUGGCUAGUCGCCCAUGGACAGAAUUUGCAGACGCCUUUGAUCAAUAUCCAAUGCUUACGAUGCAGUCUCUUACACAAAAAGACAUUUCAGUAUUCAUCAAAGGCAACUUCGAAGCUUGUAGAGCGUUUCGGGAACGAAGAGCGCUUUUCCCUGAUCAAGCCACAAAUCUACUCCGAGAGAUCUCAAACAAAGCUCAGGGUGUGUUUCUAUGGGUAUUCCUCGUGGUUAGAGACCUGAUACAUAGCCUUUCAAGAGGACGGAGCUUGAGUGAGCUCCAAGUGAUCGUCGACGAUCUUCCUACCGACUUACAUAACCUGUACAGCAAAAUGAGAGAAAGGGUCGAACCAGAGGAUAUUGAGAAUUCGGCUCGUUACUAUCAACUUAUGGUUGCCGCCCUUAAGCCGUUGCAUGCGGUAACACUUUGGAUGGCAGAUGGAGAGAACCUCCCAGAGGGCGAUACCUUCACAGACGAAUUGGGAGACAACAUAAACAAGAUAUUGCAAAGGCGUUUGGACAGCUCCACAAAAGGCCUUCUGGAGCUUGACGACAACGGUAUCGUGAGCUUUCUCCAUAGGACCGCACGAGACUGGGUACUUCAAACAGCUGAAAGUGCGGGACUGCAGGCUCAAGCACCGGGUUUCAACCCAAACUUGGUCUUGUUACAGGUAUUAACCAAGCAGCUGGCCCACGAGAAGAUCUACCAAUGUCUGGGCCAGUCUCAGCUUUCCUUUUGGAGCUUUGUCUUUCUUGGAUUAUUCUACGCGGCGCAAAUCGUCGACUGCCCUUCCAUGAGCCCUCAUCUCGUCCAAGCUAUUGAUGACUUUGAUGCUGCCUUGUGCGAAAGGGCGACUAACCUCGGUAACAAAAGCUAUGUCUUCAGUUCAACAUCUGUAACACCUCAAAAGGCAGCAUUACAAGUACCAGGUCGAUGGUCCUCCCUGCUAGGGAGGCGAAAGAAGGCAACUAGCGCUUCUGCCAACCAUUGGUCAUGCACACAAUAUAGUGCCUAUGGAUCUAGUGAUACUGGGAGUGGAAUAGUUGCUAUCGCUGCUCAGUUCGCUAUCACCCCAUAUGUGAUAGAAGUGAUAAACCACGACAAGAGCCUUCUUAAACCUGAUCCUUGCAGGGAUUCCCUGUUGGAGAGUGCUACCUUUGGCUGGCACCAGUACAAGUACCGCACCUACGAAGACCUAUCCGAAUAUGAUCUUGUCGCGAAACGUCUCCAGAAGCGGUUGAUGCGCUAG